UACUGUUUAAUAGCACAAGAUCCGGCUUAGCGAAUAUCUAAAGGUGUUUCUAAAGUACUGGAGUAUGUAACUAUAUUUUGGCAGCAUAACCCUGCCAGCAUUAAUUUCACUCAUCAAACUUUGAAGGUAGCAUUAACAAUUGUUAUUGCAAAAUGAGUUAUUGCAAACUUCUAGCUGACUGAGUAAUGAUGGCAGUUUUGGGUCACCCACUGGCUGCUGUAGGCACAUUUGAACUACAUAAUUCCUUUUCAGCAGAAACAGGGUUUAAAAGUGAUUGUAACUUUCCAGCUGGAAUGAGGGUUUGUUACAGUGCUUGCAGGAGGUUUUACCUAUACUAGGUCAACUCUGUAAGUUCCAAGUUAAAUAGCACUGUCCUUAUCAUGGGUAUGCAUAAGAAGAGCAGGAAAAACAGGUGUCUUGCUCCGUGUAUUUACAGAAUGAAUGAGAACCUAGCAGUACAUCAUGUUAAAUUCCUCCCUCCUGAAUAAAAAGUGCUGAUGGAAGAUCCAGUACUUCAAGUAUGAACCUCUGAAAAAUUUGAUAUUUCUCAUUCCUGGGCAUGGCAAUGCCAUAUGUCCUUCUCCUAACUAGACUCAUAGCUGAAGUUACAAGCAAAUCCACUGACCGUUUGGUUUCACAGACAGAAUGUUGUAUGGAUGUGUUGGAUACAAACAGCACCUGUCCAGUCACUCACCAGUGCAGUCCAGGUUGUUACAGAGAGUGGAAUGAGGAUGGGAGUAGCAUUUGCAUUAAAUGCAAGAAUGAAACCACUUCUGUUGCAUCAACUUUCAAUCUGACCGACUGUAGAAAUACUGAUACCAAAGGAAUGAAUUUUCAAAUGAAUAUAAGUACCGUAACUCCUUUUCUACAGAAUAUAGGGGGUCCAGAAGUGGCAGCCUCUCUUAUUUUGGGAACAUUCUUCAUCAGUUUAUUCUUGAUACUAUCUGUGGCUUCAUUCUUCUACCUCAAACGUGCCAAUAAACUUCCAAAUAUGUUCUACAGAAGAAACAAAGCAUCAGUUCUACAGCCCAGUGAAACAGCAUCAAUGAUCCCGCCACCUACGUCCUCAGUUCGAAAGCCACGCUAUGUCAGACGAGAGCGGUCGUUAGUGAUGUCUACCUCCGCUGCUAUGGUCCCUUCUGCAGAAACCCGAGUCAGCAAUGUUUAGCCUUCAGGACUUAACUGAGGACUACAUAAAUAUGGAGAAGCUCUCUGUAUCGACUGAAAUGUCAGGAACAGCUGAUCUGUAAGCAAGCCGAGCCACUGUGUCAAAUGGGUUUGUGCCAAACGUGGAGAGAGGAGUUCAACUAAUGCAAACUUGAUGACUGUAAGACCUAUCCAGUUCUGUGAACCGCUUUGAUGGGCCUGAGAAGUACUUUUCCAGCUUUUUGGUUUCAUUUAUCUCCUAACAAGAAGCUACACUAAAAUCUGCAAAGAAUCUGCCUUUUUUGAGAACACUUUCAGCUUUGACAAAAUCCUUUUUCCUGCCUUAUCAGCUCUCAGGCUGUAGAGCAGAAGCCCCCAGGGCAGCAGUCCAUUGUAGAAUUUGGGGAGUAAUCCAGGAGGUGGGCUUGUUUAAAGAACCUGUUUGUAAAUGUUAAUUCUAAGUGCCAUGGUUUUAAUGCUGCAGAAAAAUACAAAUGUACUUUACAUGCAGCAUCUUGAUGCAAAAACAUGCCUUCAGAAGCAUCUUCAGCUUCUCAGUCAGAGAGGACCAUUGUUUUUAACUGCAGAAGACUGUGAUCAGUGUGGGUCUGAUCUAAAGCCCGGGAAGCUGAUGGGAGAUUUUUCCAGUGAAUUUAGUGGGCUUUUAGAUCAGGUCUUACGUGAGAAUCCAUUGACUGUGGCUUUGUAGUUGAUAAGCUGCUAUUUCUGCCCCACUGAGACACCCAGCCUUUCCUCACUCCAGUGUUUUGUGAAUUUGGCUGUUGCAGUCUAUAGGAAGGCAAACUCUCUAAGCUAGGUUAAGCUACCUUGAUUCCCUUUGGUGAACAUUUGCAUACAUCCAUUUCAAUUAGAGUUGUCAUUGGAGUUCUCACCAGCACAAGUAAGAAUUAACAAUCUAGUCCUCCAUUCUCAUGCAUAAGGCCUACAGAUCUGCACCUUAGCCUUUGAGUUCCCCCGCACAUGACCUGCCUUUGUUUAAACCUCACAACCACAAUGGGUCCUCUAGAUGAAAUGACACAUGGUGGAUUUUUGUCACCAGCUAGUGGUAGCCAUCUUGAUUUCAAGAACCUAACAAUUGAUUCUUAUCUUUAAAAAUGCUAAAAUAGCACUAUCUGGCCAAUGUGAGACCAAUGUGAAGAGUGCAAACCUCAUGGCUCGGAUGCCUUUCUCUGCCUGUGGUCAGAGGUUUGUUCAAAGCUGUACAGUAAUGUCUGGGGGGCAGGAAGGAGCUGCUAGUCUUUUUUAUCAAAUAUCUAUUUUUAUGCACUUUUUAAUGUAGUGUAAAUUGUUUGAAUUUCUUGAGAAUGGAACCUCUCAUUUUGCAGUUUUCCUCUGGGGAGGUCAAAGACAGUAGGGUUAAAGAUGAAGCCAUGAACAAGCAGGGCUUUGUAGCCAUACAUAUUGAAUCACUAUAUAUGUACAACUUUGCAUCCCCUUCUUUGAUUACAUUCCAACCUAGUUUUAAUUGUCAAACUAAACAGCACAAUAAGUCAGGCUGUUUGAGAGGCAGUUUCCAUUCUUAAGUACUAUAUUUGUAUAAUUUGUCUGUUCCCAAACCAGGAUGGCAGUGUUGCCAGUGGCUUUUUUUUUUUUUUUUGGUCUGUUUUCAAUGUAUCAAUAGGAUUUACCUCUGAUACCAAUGAUAUUUUGCGGUGGUAGGAAGGCACGGGGCAAGUGUCAGAAGCAACUUAAACUUAUAGGGAAAAUAAGUAACUAUGCAAUGAUACAAUGCAAAGAUAUUACAGCUUUGACUGGAGUUUCUGCCUAUGAAUCUGUCAAUGUAACUACAUACUUGCAUGCGCAGAUGCUCAUCAAUUCUUUCCAUACAUGACUCAUUGAUGGGUCAUUCUCUCCAUUGCUGUGUGGGGAUUGUCACUAGCCCAUGUCACUGCUACAUGUAUGUAUCUGUCUGACCCUUAAGUGCAUCACUGUAACAGGUUAGUGCCCCUUACCAGAUGAUUUGUUCUCCCUUAUCCCUAAAACAGAGUUGAGAUUUCUCACUGCUAACAGGAACUUUUUCUGUCAAAGUUUGUUGUAUUUGAAAAAUUUAUUUCCAUGGGCUUUGUAGCUUGCUUAGAUUACAUUCAUGCUGUCUGACCCAGCAGGAUCACUGGACAGAACCUGCUUAAGGUUUUUUGUACUGUUGUGUUAAAUACAUAGUGUGGAGUUGUUUUCUUAUCCAUACAACUGGCUUUACUGAACACUUGAUGACUGCAUCUUGAGCUAUAAAUGGUUAAUUCAAGGACAAAGGAUGGAUAUUUAAUGUACUAGGGUAUUUUUAAAUUGUGCCAAAAUAAACACCUUUCAGCUUUUUAA